AUGGGUAAAGCCGGCCGCUUCGUCUGCAUCUUCACCCCAUACGUCCUCACCAUCGCCGCCUUAAUAUGUCUGAUUGUCGUUGGACUGGGGUCUACCGAUCGUGGCACUGAUUCUACACGGGAUCUCUACUUCUUCAGGGCCGAUCUACGUGAUCUAAAUAGCUCCACAUCGGCCCAAAGUUCAGUAUCCAGCGUCCUCGAUGACCUCAACAUCUCCGUUGACGAUGGCGAUCUCGGUUCCGCGCUCGAUGAAGUCCAGCAGUACUUCAACAUCCCUGACUUCUACAAUAUCGGUCUCUGGGGCUACUGCCAGGGCAACGUCACCUCCAACGACAAUUACAAAGUCUCCAACUGCUCUUCCCCAGAAGCGCAGUUCUGGUUCGACCCCGUCGAAAUCUGGAACCUCAAGGCUUUGGGCCUGCAGAACGCCAUCCCCGAUGACCUCCAAGACGCACUGAACGUCUACAAGAACGUCUCCAAAUGGAUGUCCAUUGCCUACAUCAUCGCCUUCGCCGCGACCGGCCUUGAGAUCCUCCUCGGUAUCACCGCCAUCUUCAGCCGCUGGGGCUCGUGCGUAACGACCCUCAUCGCCAUCGCCGCGUUCCUCUUCACCGCCGCCGCCUCGGCUACAUCGACCGCCAUGUUCGCCGUCAUUGCUGGCGUGUUCAACGACAAGAUCAAGCCGUACGGAAUUGAGGGACACAUGGGCCGCAACAUCUACGCCGCCACUUGGCUCGCAACGGCCUUCUCGCUAGCUGCCGCUCUCUUCUGGGCUAUCAGCUCCUGCUGCUGCUCUGGCCGCUCGCCUUACAACCACCGUCACGGCCGUAACCGCGGUGGCAUCACCGCCGAGAAGGCCCCCUACACCUACGAGCCCGUUGGCGACGGCUACCCUUCUCCUCACCCGCCUUACCAGGCCGCCGCUCCUCAAUACCCUGCGCAGCAGCGGCCAACCUCAUACGAGCCGUUCCGCCACGUCUAA